AUGCAGGAUAGGCAUCAAGAAUCUCAAUCUCGCAAAAAAUGUGUGAUGCUAGGGCACACCUCACGGAGGCAGAGCACAUCAUGGGUCAUGCAAAAUAUGCAUGAAAAACGUUGCACCUAUGUAGACCCAGACAUCUUUGCAUUUGAUGGAAUUGGAGGCAGUGCAAAAGUCUCGUAUAACUGUGCUCCGGCGGAAUUAUAUUUUUGUGCAGGUUUCACAGGCGUCGACGCACGCUCACACGAACACGCUUUUAGAAGUUUCUGCGUCACAGUUUUGGUAGUUGAAAUAUGGAAGGGUCCUGUUUGGUGGAUGGUAUGUAGUGAGGUCACGAACGUUCUAAUCUAGCGAUCUUUUUGACAUGUCUCAUCCAAAACGACCGGCAGUUUUCAAGUGGCCGGAGGUGUUUUUGAGCAUAAAAGAUUUCCAUUUAUCAAGCGGCCGAGGCUUUGUUGUCAAAAAAGCCCGAGCCAAUUCUAUCGAUUCACGCUUGAUAAAACGACGCAGCGGAGCCGGCAAAAGGGGUGCCCUUCUGGGGCGCCCGCCGCAUCUGUUUCCGUCGAUUUGGGGCGCCCAAAAAGGGGCGCCCAAAAAGCAGCACUCCGGAAAAAACAGCGAAUCCGGAUAGUAUGGGCCUCAUUUUGGCCCACAUUCGGGCCUCGCAAAAGACACCACCAAAAUCCGCCACUUCAGAGGCGGACUGAAGGCCAGAAGAUGCGGCAUUUUGCC